CCUCCAGCCUUGAUCCACACAUCGAAAAAGGACAUUAAUUAUUAGUGAGCGCUAUUUAUUGUCUACUUCAGAUGUUACCAGGUCUGUUUACCGCCGGAAAUAAGCCACAUGGCUAUUAAACAGGGACAGAGACGCGCACCCAACAAACCCUAUGCACAUAUAAUCUUAUUUUAAGCACGACACUCCCGUCACUCAGACUAAAUAUGUUUGUAUAUGAAUACGCAAAUUAAGACAUUUUGCACUAAGAAAUAAAAUAGAAGUCCCUGGAGUGUUCACUAUGAAAGCCAGCGAAGCGGCGUCCUUUUUCAGACCUCGUGGCGCAACGGUAGCGCGUCUGACUCCAGAUCAGAAGGUUGCGUGUUCAAAUCACGUCGGGGUCAGUGUCACUUUUUUUGUCGGUUUUAUACUGUUUUUAAUCUCCAAGAUCCGUUUUGCAAACCGGCUCCAAUAUUCCGAGCAGGGACCGCACCCGGGAAAUUAUCGACUGAGCUGUCCGCAGACAUUCAGUCUGUCUCCGCUCCUGUCUAUUUACCCAGGAAAAAACAAUACAAAACUUAUAAAGAUCCAACUGCAUGUUUAAAUUAGGAAAUAAUCUAAUUUAUUUAUUUGCUUGGGAAACUUUUUGAGCUGUAUGCAUUUAAGGCAGAAAGCCAAACCACGCCUUCACGCCGCGCAAAGAACCCCGGGAGUGAGGAUCCGCCACUGCUCGGCGAGCCGGGGAGCAAAGUGCUCGGCUCCGUGGGUCUGCAGCUUUUAGCCAAUCUCUUGUUGCCUUCAACACUUGGACUGAAUCGCUGGAGGAUAUAGCAGGCGGAGUCACUUUGUAUCGAGCCAGCAGCAUAUUUAUCGGCAUUGUUACACUGUUACCGGCCGGGGGUCACCGCUGGUCACCCGGAAGCCGCUCUCACACCGCGAACAGGUGCCUUCAUCACCGCGGAACAAGCCGGGGAUCGCUGCGAGACAACCGGCUGAGGAGCCGGGGAAGACACGGCCUCGGAGCACCGUCUGGCGGCGAGGGCUUCCAGGAUGAGUUACAAGCCGAUCGCACCCGCUCCCACCGGCUCGAACCACACCCCGCCCGGUUCCAGUGUCCCAUCUCCAUCUCUGCCAUCUUCAUCCACCUUCAGACCCAUCUUCAGUGAUUUCGGCCCACCCUCUAUGGGCUUCGUUCAGCCUGUGAAAGUGGCCCAGGGUUCCACCUACAGCGAGCUGCUGUCAGUCAUCGAGGAGAUGAGCCGCGAAAUCCGGCCCACCUACGCUGGUAGCAAGAGCGCCAUGGAGAGGCUAAAGAGAGGUAUCAUCCACGCCCGUGCGCUCGUCAGGGAGUGUCUUGCCGAGACGGAGAGAAGCGCUCGCGCAUAACCCCAACCCCUGCCCUGUGACCCCUGACCCCACCAGUAAAAUCACCAGAUCGCUGCUUUUUGUACAUUUUUGCCAGUUAGUGAUCCAAUAAAUGUUUUUCAGUGAAAAACCA